GCGCUCUUUUCUGUGGUCGUGCAACAUUCAUUUGCUCGAGUCACAAGCCACAACCAGCAACGCCCGGCUGAGAUGGCAGGAGACACGGCAAAGGCCGACCAGCUCAAAGCUGAAGGCAACAAGCAUUUCCAAAGCGGCAACUGGGUCGUCGCCGAGAGCUUCUACUCCAAGGCGUGAGUUUUCGCCACUCCUGACAGCACUGGAACUAGUCACAGUCACGGAUGGAUGACUGACGGCCUACAUCCCCACAGCAUCAUUGCCGAUGAUACAAAUCCGGCUCUCUACACCAACAGGGCUAUGGCUAGGCUCAAGCUCCAGUAUUACGACGAGGCCAUCACAGACUGCCAGGCAUGCCUGCGCCUUAACAAGAGCAGCAUGAAGGCCUACCACAUCCUCUCGCAGGCGCACCAGGCCCUGAGGAACUUUGAUGACGCCCUGGACAACGCCCUCAAGGCGCACGCUAUUGCCGCAGAGACCAAUGACAAGUCCCUGUCUCCCAUCACGUCCCAGGUCUUGACCUGCAAGAAGGAGCGCUGGGAUCAUCUCGAGAAGCGUCGCAUCCGAGAGGGCCAGGAGCUGGAGAACGAGGCCAUUGCCCUGAUGGAGCGCGAGCGUGAUGCGAUGGUCGAGAGUUGCAGCGCGGAUGACGAGAUUGAGCGCAAGCAGAUCCAAGAGGAGUGGGAUGGCAAGAUCAGCCGGUUGCGCGAGACGUUCGAACGGGCACGCGCGGACUCUGAGAAGCGUCGAGAGGUGCCAGAUUGGGCGAUUGAUGACAUCAGCUUCGGCAUCAUGGUUGAUCCGGUGGUGACCAAGACUGGCAAGUCGUACGAGAGAGCAUCUCUCAUGGAGCACCUGAGGAAGCACCCGAGUGAUCCCCUGACGCGCGAGCCCCUCCAGCCAAGCGAGUUGAGGCCAAAUCUUGGCCUGCGGCAAGCCUGCGACGAGUUCCUGGCACAGAACGGCUGGGCAGUCGACUGGUAAUGUGUCAGGCGCGAGCCUCGUUGUAUGCGCAAUGCUGUUCCUUCACUGGCUUGUCAGCAUAUGAAAUCUCCAGCGCGGGUAGGCCCCCGAAUGUCUUAGCACCUAACGAAAGAUCGGCCCCUUUCUUUUGCCAUCUCCAGCCGCUUCUCUAAGCUGAACUUUCCUUGGGGAUUAGGGGGUCGGCAAUGGCCCUCGUGUUGAUAUUAGCUUGAGCUGCCUGGGUCCGGCAAGCUGGACUAACUUCUUGGAUUCUCUUUGCGGCAGCACU